AUGCCUUCGAAAACGGACUUUAGCAUACUCAAAUUCAUCUCACAUAAGCGGAGAGGAAACGACGAGAGCAACAACGACGACGACCUUAUCCCUUUCAACUCCGUCUCCCCCUCAAAAGUCUCAUUCCCUCAUCCAGGCCUCGUCGAAUCAACUCCGGCCGACGCAAACCCCCAAUAUCGGGAGGAGGGCCUCCGUCGAUCCAGCCCCUACCUACGAUGGCAGGCCACUUCGGAGCGUCGCCACUCCCGUCCCGAUGCCGCUUCAUGCAUUCCCGCCUGCCUCGGCUUGGGAAAGGCUUCCAGCAGAAAGGUCCGCGAGGGUCUCUCGGGCUUCUAG